ACUCCAUCCCUUCAUGGUCAGCCUGUUGAGGACUUUUUGUAUUCACAUUCUUUUUUUUUUUUCCUUUUUUUUUCUGCCACCCCUCAUUGAGCCACUUGAGCCUGGAGCAGAUGGAAAGAUUGUAGAGGGAGGAAAGUAAGCAGGCAGCUGAGACAGGAAGAAUUGGCAGGAGCCAUGCAGAGAGUGAGGCAGCUCUGCUGCAAUGCUUGAUGAAGUGAACCACUGACCACCAGAAAGUCUUUCUUCCACUCCAGCGCCCUGAGAGACCAAGGACCCAGACAGGACAACCCCUGAGGAGAGACAUCAAACCCAUCGCCCAAGCUGUCGGCAAACAAACAGCCCAGGACGGGGAGAGCAAAGGAAAGAAAGAGUUAGAGACGAGGAGAAAGAGGGGAAGUUCUACAGAUGAGAGUGAAGGCAGAAAGGUAGAAGGAGGUGAUCAGAGGGACCAGAUAGUGAAGAGAAAGUAACAGGUGUGUCCACAAGAACUGCUCAGAGGAAGGGGAGACACACCAGCCAACUGAGCAAAAGGCUGUUGAAGUACAACAGGGAGUCAAAGAGCGAGUGUAGACAGAGGAAGAGGGACACAGCUUAGAAGAAGAUGGCCAACUCAGGUCUCCAGUUGUUGGGUUAUUUUCUGGCAUUGGGUGGCUGGAUCGGCAUCAUCUCUACCACCGCCUUGCCUCAGUGGAAGCAGUCGUCGUAUGCCGGAGAUGCCAUCAUCACAGCCGUGGGUCUGUAUGAGGGUCUGUGGAUGAGCUGUGCCUCUCAGAGUACAGGACAGGUGCAGUGCAAGAUCUUUGACUCCAUGCUCUCGCUGGACUGUGAGUACCGUUGAACUUAACUUGUAGUGGCUGUUUCUGUGAUCUUGUUGUUCUGGGACUGUGAGCUCAUCGAAUUCAAUGCUAGAGUUACCAAUCAGGUUUCCCUAUUUCACCAAAUAUAAAUAUGUAACAUAUUUUUGAACAUACUAGCCGCUGGAACUUUUUAUAGGGAAGAUGAACAGAGAGCAUAUAUGAGUGACUCCUUUAUGGAAUUGAAUACAACUUGUACUUGGCGUCUCAUCUCGUAUCUCAUUAGAUAUUAUGUUUGGGGUUAGACAGUCCCACUUCAGUUUCCGUCUUGCAGUUUCCUUCUUGCUGUUUGCUCUUCAGACUUUCUCUGCAAAGUAUCCGUGUUAUAAAUCACAUUAGUUACUACAGUUGGCCCAUUCAUGUGGACACACAUAUAAAUCAGCGGCAAAAACAGAAGGAAAACAAACUCUCCCUGUCUGGAGCACAUUAAAUUCAGGCGCUGUAAAUCUCACAUAACAUGCUCCUGCUACUCACGAUCUCUAAUGAACUUGAAUAAAAACUUCAGAUCAUCAUGAAAUUUUUAUUUGUGAAGAGUGGGAGAGGGUCAGGCAUGUGGGGUUCAGACAUAAAUUAGCUCAGAAUAUGAUCCCCCUGUCAUCCCUAAUCUGUAAGUAGGACUCAGUGACUCAUAAUUAAUGGCGCUCAGAUUACAAGAAUCCAUGCAUUGAAUGUCUCUUUAAAUCAUCCUAUUACAGAUUCUAAUGAAAAGCCUCGGUCAGAAAUAAUUUCACAGAAACAAUUGAGUGUUUUUCUUGGUGGUUUGACCCUGAUGUGCUUAUGAGUCCUGCUGUAACGUGCAACAGAUGACGCAUUUUGCAAACAUUUUGGUGUCUUGUGAGUCAUUAUAUCAAAAUAUUUUCUGAGGCGUCGAGUGUGACAAGUGCCCGACAAGCUGAUCUCCCAUCUCCUUUGGUGAGUUGCAGCAAUAAGAACAGCGUAUUGUCCUUGUGGAUGAAUAGGGGCUGUUAGGAGAAGAAAAGGGCAGUGUUAAGCCAAACAGCAGAGAUAUUCCCAGAAUGCGCUCUGUCUUCCCCACACGCGCACAUUGUUCCAUUUGUCCAUUAAUACUCCCUGUGAAUACAGACUUAGACUGGGACACAAACACUGACAAACUUCUGAAGGGUUCAGAACAAUCAUGUACAUGUGAAUGAACACUGAAGUGGAAUAUCGUGACCACGAUUUCUCAGGUUUAUUCGGGAGGUUUUCCAGACAGAUUAUGAAAUGAAGCAGAUCAGCAUCCAAUCAUGUGUCUGGGGUUCACUAAAGGCACCACAUGCCCGAGUCUUGAUUAAACACCCUUCAUGCGUGUGUGUGUGUGUGUGUUUGAUCCAGCCACAACAAUGAUGGGAGUUAUGGAGGAACAUUUCUUCCUGUUUCCAUUCACAGCAGGAGCAGCAUGUGAUAGCGGGUUGAAUUGUUCACCAGACUGUGUGCUGUAAUUGACUGAUACAGCCCAGCAAGCGGAGCAGAAGCAACAGGUUAGUUGAGCACCUUGCUCAAAAAAGAGCUGAUGAUCCGGAUGAUUCACAGUCGAGCAGGUCGGCUAUUAUUAUCUGAGAAGUGAGGAUGGUGGUGCUGAAAGGACAGCUCUUCAGGACAAGAAACAACAGGGCGUCGUAAUGUUAAAGACACCGCCGCCAACGCUUUAUAUCUGUAACAUGGAGGCAGCUUUAUGUCCAGCUCUACAUGGAAAGUUCAGUUCUGCUGACCAAAUUUACACUUUAUACCUGUCAAAAUCAAAACUUCAGGACAACCAAUGGACAAGCAAAUGCUCAACUUUCAAACCAGUGCUGAUUAAUCUCACACCAGGCCGGCGUCAUGGGAUGUGUCUGUCUUUAAGUCCAUAAAAAUCUGAAGUCGAUGACGUUUCAGUCAGGCUGUCAGCUCUGAUGCACAUCUUUGAAAUUAAACUCUCUGAGGACAGAGGUUUCAGAGGACUGCAGUUUUGGGCUAAGAUUCUUGAUUUGGACUCAAUGAAUCAAUCAAGACUUUGGUUUUCUUUGGUGGGGAAUUAAUACCCAGUCUAUUUGGUCCUUCAAUAAACAUUUAAGGCAACAAAUUUAAGAAUGAAAGCGUGACAGUGUGGGAGAAAUGUGAAUGUGGAAACCUGACAACAAGAGUUUUUCAGCUGCUUCUGUCUCUGCUCAAAUCACAGAAGACAAACAUUUCCCACCGUGGAUGUCUUUAGAUGAGAUUUGUUGAUUUGAGGUCCAUAUGUUUUUAGUAACAGUGCAUGAAAAAGGUUUUAUUGAACAGGUUCUCAGGCUAACAAUGCUAACGUAGCAAUGAUUGAUAAAUGUCUUCACAUCUCAAAGGCUUACUUGUGCUGUUGUGUGUAUCUGUGUGUGUGUGUGUGUGUUUGUGUUGAUACGGUAAGGGAUAUGCACAGAUGGGUGGCAUGAGCCUCCUCUGAAUCUGAUUGGCAACCUCUGGUACCGCCCCCCGAAUUAUAAAUGAUGAUGGGCCAAAGGCAGGACUUGUGUUGAAUGAGACAAACAAACUUAACCAUCACCAGGUUGUUGUUGUUGUUUUCUUUUCAUUAAGUUAUAAGUUUCUUUUUUUGUUUGUUUGUUUCUUUGCACAUCUCGUCCGUAAGACAGAUGUGAGGGAGAGAAAUCAGUCAAUCUCUUUGGGCGCUCACAACAACAGCAAGUAAAACCACCUAAUCGCUUUAUUUGCGCAAAUCUAGACGUGUGAAUAAAUAGUGUUUACUCGCUUCAUUCGCACGUCAACGGUAAUCCCAGCCAAUCCAACCGGCGGGAUCAAGUGAUAGACAAAGGUUUUUUACAACUAACCAGGUCAUCUGACCUCCUCACUCACUUGCCUCUGGGCGAGCUCCUUUUUAUUCUGGUUUCCGUAAUUGAAAGCAAAGGUAUCAUAUAAUUCGGGGCACCCACACACCGACACGAUCAGUUUGUCCUCCAUUUGAGAUACCAGGAAAAAAACAUCCGUUUCCAUACGUCACCUGGCAACCUUAGUGCUGAUUAGUUAUCACGAUGCAAAUAUCCACUCAAGUUGAGACAUUUUCAGCUCACACCCAAUUCGUGUCAUUAGUGCCACCAGAGCAGUAGGAGCAUCUAAUUGCAUCUUUGCAUUGACUUAACAUGUAAUUCAUUCGCGCGAAUGAUUUUACUUGCACUUGGUGUGUGGAGACAGCAAGAGUGCAAUUGCACACUGCCUCGCUGUCAGAAAUACAUUUAUUAUAUUUGUACCAUAAGUACUUUAGUUGUGAUUUCGGACGAGCGUUGAAUAGUGGUAUUCAAAUGAGAGAUAACAACAGAGGAUAGAAAGGGUUUUUUGGGGGUAUGCAGCCAUAUUUUAUGCCAUCCUGGCGUUUUUUCUUUGUCUGUUUGGUCCUUGGCUUUUACACACUGGCGAGGAUAAUUUCCUGAUGAAAACUGAGUUAACUGUAGUAACACAAUCAGUAACAUAGAUUCAGUGAGCUUGUGCCUUCAGUUUGAAGUGGAAGUGGACAGGGCUCCAGUUGGCCAUUGUGAGUUUGGUUGUAUAGUUUGAUAGUGAGUGGGCAAACACAAAUUACGUACAACAGAGUCACAAGUGACCUCACAAUGGGACCUUACAGUACCCCCCCCCACACACACACACACACCAUUAAGCACACACACUCAUUGAAAGCUUGUGGCUGGCACCACCAACCUUGGCACUAGGAAGAGAGGGCCUAGUGGGUGAGCCAGCCCUCCCACACCUCCCUCCUGUCCCUCCUCUUGGCCUCUCCUUCACCUCAAAAGUCCGUGAACACCAGUGCUGUGUGUCAGUGGUUGGAACUGGUCAGAGUGGUGUCACUGCAUCGGCCUGAACCCCCACACACCCUCACAAGAAAAAGAAGAAUGACGAUGAAAGACAAGGAAAUCAAACCUCUCUCUGUUCAGACAGUCCAUCAAAAGGACUUCUGGAGCCAUAAAUCAGACUUCAAAGAUGUUUCUUCCUCUUUCCUCCAUCAUAAGUCCCUUCAGAUCAGUGACUGAAAUGCUGCUUCAUUGUCACACCAUGAGUGAUGGUGUGUAUAUUUCUGUCACAGUGACAAAUGAUGACCUAAAGUUCCUGUUCUGGCUGAUGCUCAACAGCUUUCCCCUUUCUUCUAACACUUUGGUACAACAGAUAAACCAAUGCAAAAAGAAAGUGAUGAAAGAAAAGCUUUUUAGACCUGUGAAAUCUGGUUCAUUCUCCGCUGCUGUGCACUCACUUUGCAACAAAACUUGGUGACUUGGAGUGGACCUUUAGCAAAAACCUUUUUCAAAAUAGUUUACAUGGUGUGACAGUAAAUUCUGACUUGACCUUAAAAACUGGAAGUUUAACAGAAAAUGUUGUUAGUAUCCUCUCCUGAGCUCUUCCUGAGAGUAUUAAAAAAAAAAAAAAAAAAACAAGUUGGGAUAUAAAUAUCAAAGACGCUUAUUUUGGUCCAUCUGAUGGUACUACAGUCUACUGUUUCUUCUUGUGCCACGUGAAGGAGUCCAAUUUAAGCUCUUUAAUAUGUACUUCCAGGACAAAUAUCUUAGCCUAACAUUAUAUUUAUUAAAAGUUUUUGAGUCUCAUCUUUUCUUGUAUUUGUAGGUAAAGUUUGUGAAAAUGGGAAUAUUAAACUACAUCUAUCAGUGAGAUUUAGAUUUACAAGCUCCCUCGCUCACCCUUCCCAUGGCCUUUUGUAUCUUACGCAACCACUGAUUGAAUAGAACAACCUGUACGCCACUGGUUUGUCUCUUCUGUACGUCUAUAGAAACAUUAAAUUUACAGGCCAUAAAAGGGAAGGUCUAAGUGAAGAAACCCACCCCACCAUGCCCACACCCAAACAUCUAUGUCCCACCAACAAGACACACAAUCUUAUACAGGUCCCCAAAUGUCCCCUGUCACCCAAGCAUGGAGAUACAUGGGCAUGGGUAUUGUAUACUCUUAAAAAGAUAAGCAGUACAAGCCAAGUGUACUUAAACCUAAGGCACAGAUACAAAAAUGUAUAUGUUUAAGUAUCAGUUAAAUAUAUUUUCACUUUUAGUGUAAUUCUAAGUACAAGCUAAGUAUACUUAACAUUAACUUUGUUAAGUAUAUCUCUAAAAAGAACAUAAAGUAAACUGAAAGCAAACUUAGUUUAAACACAGAAUAAUUGAAGUACACUAAAAUAUACUUUUUUUGGUAAGGGUCAUCUAACCAGCAAAAAUAGACAUGUUUCCAACCUUGUCCACAAAAUUAACUUUGGCAGAGGUUAUAACUCAUUACUUUUUAAGAUAUUUAGGUCAAAGAUUUGUCAAAUGAGAGGUACGGCUGCUUUAAGUGACAGGCCACUAUUAGCUGUUAGCAAGGAGGCUAAUGGUCCUCAUCAACCCUUUAUCCUUGUCUCAUGGUGGGUAGAAGUUAACUCUGGUCAGCAUUUCCAGCAUGAUGUUGGCCCAUUUUAAUUUCAUUUUUAAUCAUAAAGUUAAAGCCAAAAAUUUAACUUUAAGGUGAAAAUUUUCAAUACUAUUCUAGUUGAUUGAAAAUUUCAAAACAUCUGUUUACACUUGCUCAUUUCCAGAACUUUGAGGGUUGUGCUGUGGAGUCAAAACACUGUAAAUAUGCUGAGGCAUGAACUAUUACAGAACACUUCAGCUGUGUUUCAGAUAUUUUAAAGUGAGUGUUUGCAGCUCAUUAAGUAUUACAUUGAUAAAGACAAGCGGCCAACCAAAGAAUGAAAUUGUAGUUCGUCAAGCUGCACUUGACUCAAAUAUGGUAAAGCAGUAUUUCUGUGACACUACACUUUUCCCUUUGAAACAAAAGAUUAUGAAAGCUUGUAUUUGGAUUGAUGUCUGGAUUGUCUGCUCAGGUCUGUCCUUAUUGCUCUGAUUUAAUUCCUGUCUCUCUUCAUGUUCAAACACCGACUCACUCUUUAAGUCAUUGUUACUUGAAGCUAAUGCCUGCAACCUUUGCUGCCAAACCUGUAUGAACAGCUUUGAUGCAUGUGCUUCAAUUACUGUAUAUGUCAGCUUUGUCGCUUAUCAGAAUCAGGAUAUUAGACUUUGCAUGUUUGCCGCUGCCGCUGAGGGGAUUUCAACAAUCCCCUGGCUUGUUCUAAAUAAGACGCUCUCCAUCGGUAUUUUGACAGUAUCAUUAAGCGCUCAGCCUUGCUUUGGCGUUAACAUGAUUGUGAGCGGCUGUGUUUGAGGCAGUAAUGUCUGAUCGCUGUGGCGACAGCCCCGUGAAAACAAUCUUGCUUUGUGACAAAGCCACACUAAUCCCACUGUGUGAAACAUGUAAAGCAGGCCCUCCUACAGCUGCUCUGUGUGAGAGAGAGACCUCUGUGUUUCAUCUGUGUCUAUUCCACCUACAGUUAUUGCGUGUGCGCAGAUAUUGUGCAUCUUCACAUGUAUGUGUGUGUGUGUGUGUGUGCAAAUAUGUGUAAAUAUGUUCCUCCCACUGAGUUAUGUGUGUGCUGAGGCCAGUGUGGGCAGCAUAUUAGAUUUUUGAAAAGGCAAAACCUCAGUGGAAUGGUAUGAAGAAGAUUUAGAGGAUCAUUUAAGGUCAAAGAGCCCGGCCAAGAGAGUUACCUCUGGAAAUUAAAAAUGAUGAAAACAUCCUGCUGGAAAGUAGGACAGUGGUGGACUCACCCUGAUGAACUUUCAGUCAGAAAUGCAUGCGGUCUACCAUUAGUCCUCCAUGCUGUGUCACUUCAUUUUCAUAUGAUAGUCCGGAAAUUAUUGUUCCAAAUGAGUGACUCAAAGACUUAAUGUUUCUCUCUUAUUCUUCUUUUUUCUUCAUUUUUCUCUUCUCUCCUUUUAUCAUCACUAUCAUCCAUCACUCUGUUCCCUCCUCUGUGAUCCCUGCCUCCUCCUCUCCUUUUCUUAUCUAGUCCACAUCCAGACAUGUCGGGCCCUUAUGGUCGUGUCCGUACUGCUGGGCUUUAUCGGGAUUAUCGUCAGCGUGGUGGGCAUGAAGUGCACUAAGGUGGGAGAUAACAACCCAGCCACUAAAACCCGCAUUGCUGUCACCGGAGGAGUCCUCUUCUUGCUUGCAGGUGGGAUUUCUCUUCUGCUCUGUUCUGUUAGUUUGCACCACAAAACACACAGCAGCAGUGUUUCCAAAAAUCUAGUGCAUUACACAGGAGUGGCCCCGCAUUUUUCUGGGCUAAAUAUCUCACCAGGGUUUUCACGGUAAUUAGAGUCCCUGCUGUAAACAGGAAGUGGUCAUUUUAGAGGCAUUAGCCACUGACCUCAGAUAUAAACCACAAGCCCAGAGGAGAAAAUUAACUGAGCAAGGACCCCCCUUAUUCAUCUGUGUGCUGUUUUAGCUACAGUAAUCGCUCUCAGGCUUAAUUUAUUCAGAGACCCCACACACUGUGUCUGAUCUUUCCUCCCUCUACAGGACUCUGUACACUGGUGUCUGUGUCCUGGUAUGCCACUCAGGUGUCCUAUCAGUUCUUCAACCCAAACACGCCGCCUAAUGCCAGGUAUGUCAAUGAAGAGCUGCCACACUGUUUCUGACAUCUCCAAUCAUUUCACUUGAUCUGACUAAGGAAGACGCUAGCUGUAACCUUCAUGUCGUUCCUUGCAGAUGCUUGCACACUCAGAAAAAUAAAUCAUGGCAUAGUGUGUUGUUAGGUAUUUACAUCUAUUUGAUUUGGAUCUACUUGGAUUUGCUACGUCUCAGUGUGUCUGAGCCUGUGUUUGGGUCAGCCAGAGAUUCACAGCAAUUUAAAUGCAGAAAUACUCAGAAAUACAAUUUCACACUCACUUUUCUCAUGAUAUGUCCUGUAGCAUCAGAAAAAUGCCAUAUUAUGAACUUGUGGACAACAAGAAAAACAUGAUUUUCAUUGGAGUGGGUCUUCAAAUAUGAUGAGCUGUGGAUCAACCAAGAUUAAUUAAGUUAAAAUUUAUGAGACAGAAACAAACAUGAUUUAUUAAUGAUGAUUACAUAAAUCUGACAUUAUUUAUUUAAAAUACACUGCAUUUAUUGGUAUUAUUACAGAAAUCUUAUUCUUAAUUGUUUCAUUUACAUUUGACUGACAAAUAUGCAGCACAUAAAGUUUAUUGGCAUGUUUAUGAUGAAUCUAAGUAAUUCAAAUGGAUGGAAAUUUAUAUGCAAUGAGGCCCACAUAUUUCUGUGACUGCAGAGACAUUAUCAUUAAGCUUUGGGAUCAACAGGGGAAGUGAAACUUUCUGCGAUUUUACAGUUUCAGCUUUGUUAAUGACUCAUGGGAAAUCUGACUUUAUUUACAAUAGAGUUUGAACUCCAGUGCGUACAAUUCUGGCCAAUUUCUGUUCGGAUAUUGAAACUAUUGACAUAUAGUGGUUGUCUAAUAGCGAAUGAUAAACCACCUACUUAUUUGGCUUGUUGAAGGAGCUAUUUUUUUGUUUGUGGUUCUUCAGCACUAGGUUAAUUGUUUUUCUAAUUAGGAGCCUGAAUACCUGAUACCAGCCUUAAAAAAGCUCCUAUUAUCAGUAUUAGUAUCUGCUUGGAGAUCCCUUUUUCAAUGAAACAUUCACUAUCAACGGCAGUCCGUGCCCUUUCUACACUUUUUUUUCAUUUCUGCUGUCCAUGAAAUCUUUUGGGUAACGCUUUCUUUUACAGUACAGUUAUUACCAGGUAAUUAACAGGUAAUUAAUUAGUAACAACAUGAAAUUAUCUGGUAAUUACAUGAUAACUACUAAGUCAAUACUGUCUAGCUACCAGGUAGGUAACCUUCCAUCAUCAUACAAAUUUGAAGCCGAAUUGCUCUGGUAUCUCAAGGAUUUUCUCCGGUUCCUGGAACCACCUCUCGCGCAGUAGCAUUGUUACGCAAUCUUCGCACGCCCAUAGGCUGUAUCAAGUGUCAAUCAUAGAAAAUAAGAACCUCAAAUAGCUUUUGAAAAUGGAGCUGCACAGAAAAAAAGAAAAACUGGACAGUAUUGACUUAGUAGUUAUCAUGUAAUUACCAGAUAAUUUCAUGUUGUUACUAGGUAAUUACCUGUUAAUUACCUAGUAAUAAGUGUACAGUAAAAGGAAGUGUUACCAUCUUUUGUUAUUUUUGAUGAAGUAAGGCAGUAAAAUAACUGAUCAUAUACGUCUUUUCUGUAAUGUUUCUCCUCUCUUUAUUCCACAGGUAUGAGUUUGGCUCAGCCCUGUUUGUAGGCUGGGCAGCAGCCAGCCUGAUAGUUCUGGGGGGCUCCUUGCUUUGCUGCUCGUGCUCUAAAGAGGACAUGCGUGGGCAACAAUAUUAUCGCCAAUCACAGCCUUCCACAACCAGGGAGUACGUCUAAACCCCACUCCUUCCAACAGCCUCCCAAACAGAGAGCAUUGGACACGCUUGGCUCCACCUCCCCUUCUUUCCUCAAAUUAAACCUGUUAAAAAAAGCAAUGCAAUCACAAGCUUCUCACACACAGGCAUACGCAAACACAACAACUGAUACAGAAACACACAAUUUAGCUCAUAGAUCCUGGAGAUGCAGACAAAAGAGCUAAACUUUUAUAAAUCAUUUUCACCGCCAUACCUUCAAGUUCAUCAUACAAGCUUGUUUUAGCACCAUUAUUAAGCUCACUUAUCUUCACGUCAUUAUUAUCAGAUUAAAGCAGCUGCUAAACCUGACCAAUCAUCACAACCACUCAUCCAAGUAAAGAAAGGAAAGAGAUCAGAACAUUUCUUAUAUAGUAGGAUAAAAAUACUGCCCAAGUCAUUCAGAGACAAAGAAAGACGUAUCCCAGAAGACACAGAGAGAAUGGACAUGGAGCUAGAUUGUUAUCGUAGUAGCACUGAUCUUUUGUUAGCAUGUCCUCUGCUUCCUGGUUGGAGCUGCAUCUGUGGUUUGCCUCCAUAUUGCUCUGUGUAUUCAUUCUUCACUGUUGCAGUUACGUUGUGUGAAGCUGGGUCUCAACUCCUUUUUCAAAAUUUCAAAAACUUGUUUUAUUUACGAAGUUACAUAGCAGCUCCUCGUUGUGGGAGCAACAGGGCUUAGCUUGCACAAUCCGACCCAUUGCAGAAGACACUGAACUCACCUCUUCAGACUCAAAGAGCUUUAACUCUGAUGCAACAAUCUAGUUCUCAGCGUCUGACUCCGAGCAAAAAAGAUGAAUAAUAUGCCUCAGAAUGAAAACUCAACAAGAUACAUUUACUUGGAUAGUUUAAAAAGGUUAUUCCAAAAGUAAUUUGCAUCAAUGACUCUGUGUAAACUCGACUCAAACUUAACUCAUUCUGCAGAAAUCAUAAAUCCACUGAAACAUAGUUUGUGUUAAAAAGACUGGAAUCAGGCUACAAAUACAUAUAUGAAGUCAUAUUUUAAAAUGUGGACUCAUAAAGCUCAUAUUUACCUCGCGAUAAAAUAGCUCUCUAUAUGGCCGUGUUUCUAAUGGUGAGAACAAAUGGUUGUGGUUAUACUAAAGUCAGACUACAUGUUGUUGACUGAUCGGGCAGAGGUAUGGUUUCAGGACCUGUCAACCACAGGAAUUGAUCAUUUCAUCUUGUGUAGUGUGUCAUAGUGACUGACAAACAAGGCUCCAUCUGGGACACCUCGCAACCUCCAGCAUGAUUGAUUUUUCUUUCUGCCCUCCACAUUGUUUUCCAUCAAGUCAGUGAUGUUAACCAAUGAAAGCAGAAGCAAGAUGGCAAAGCCCGAAAGAGGUGAUAAAAUCAGUGCUCCGAGUUGAAACCAAGAGACAGAGGAGGUUUGGAGCUCUGGCGCCAAAGUCCCUGCUUUUAUGAGCAUUAUUGAGGGACUAACAUGACAGACUGCUGUUAGCAUUUGCAGCUGUGGUUGGGCUCCACUUUUUCUGUCAUUUAUGGCUUUGUGAUCACCUAAUCUGACACAGAGAUCGUUUUAAACCCCUGAGAAGAUGGUGCCGUCCAACCACGAAACUCACAUAUGCAGUGGCGUCAUUUCAAAGACCAAGAAAAUCCAUUUGAUGUGAAAUAGUAUGUUCUAUAAAUGCAAGAUCUUACCCAGGAGACUGAGAGCCGAAGUGCACGGGUAAAGUCACAAAUACAAUAUAACUCACAUAUGCAACUAGUAGUUAUUUUAGCCCUGGUGUUAGGGUUAAAAAAUGUGCUGAACUGUGUGAACAGGAUGGGGUGUGUUCAGUGUCAUUUGGGUUAGGGAUAUUUGAUGUUUCCAGUGUGAAAAUCACGUACAAAGAGCUCCAUGUCAAACACACAUCCUGAACUGCAGCAGUGGAGGUGAACUGCUGGUAAAGAUGUCUGUUUAGUUUGAGUAUGAACACUGUCAAUGAUUUUUUCAACACUAAGAAAACCUGAAGGUUCUCACCAACACAAAUCACCGUUCUCCAUCUAACUCUAUCAAUCACUUCAUCAUCUUUCCUUCAACCUAAUGGAUUAAUUAUAUAUAAGCUAUUUCAUGUACUUCUCAUACAAGCCAAAUCAUCAUAAGCUUUAAGACUCUAUUACAGUUAUAAACAUUACCAUAAGCUAACAUCAUGAAAUGUCAUGUGUAAUAAAAAAUGACUGUUCUUCUAUAAAAACCAUUGACCACCACAUGAAUAACAAUGGGAAUGAGCAGCUUUUCAGCAACCUGCCCAACAUUAGAGCCUGUUCAACUCAACAGCAGGUCCAAAUUGGCUCUUGAGUCUCCCCUCGAUGCCCCCUUAUUUGUGUUUUUCAAAAGAGCUGGUCCAUCACUGUUCCAGAUAAUAAAACCAUCAAGGUUUCUAGGAACAACCCCCCGGUGCCCCCUAUUUCCGGGUCACACGGCCUCUCUUCUUGGUAGACUCUUGUUUGUGGAGUGCUCUGUUAUUCUCAGAUUGUGGGGGUUGUAGAUCUGUAGGAGACUUCUUGUGCCCUUUGAAUAAAGGGACGUCAGUGGCCUGUCAGAAGCAGCUGCGCCCUGAAUAGGAAUCCCACAACAACAAGAGUGACAGAGUGACCUGUACAGCUAUGUCCAAAGAAAGGCAGCAUGCAAGAAUGAAAAAGACAUUUGGGGGAAAUCAGCUUAUUUGAUGUUUUUCUGAGAAUUUAGAGGAGCAUUGGUGCCUCUAGGAAAUGUGUCCUCCAGUCGAUAAUUUGCAGAGCUGUCACAACUGAGCUGAGUUUUAGCAAUAAAGGUUUCACCGAUAAAGGUGAACGUUUUGAACGAUGUUCAACCAAAUAACUUGUCUGAAUAUGAAAAACAUGCGUGUUAUAAUUGACUUGUAGGAACAAGUGAACUUUGUUGUGCACAUGUUAUAAUCUUAUAGGCAUAUGUGAGUUAGGUAAUCAUCUUGUGGCAAAAGUUACGAUAUUGUGCACACAAUACAAUCAUUAUGUGAAAUCCAUAAACUGUUUAUAGUAUGGACGCCAUCUGCCUCCUUGCAGGGUGAAGCCACCGUGAAAACAGCACCCUCUGGUGAUGGGCUGCAGUAUAGGUCAUAAAUCCCGCCUUCUCCAGCAAUCCCUAUGGAGCUGUGGACCAACUUUAGAAAUUUAUUACUCAGAACAUAAAUUUUUCUCCCCUCUGGUUGCCAUGUUGACAUAUAGUUACUGUACGACUGGUUUGUGCUCAAGUUCUCUUCUUUUUGUACAGCCCCAUUUUUAAAAGUUAUUAAGGGGUUCAUGUUUUCUAUGAUUGACACUUGAUACAGCCUAUGGGUGUAUGAAGAUUGCAUAAGUCACCCAGGGGAUACGCUGUUUGAGCAGACGUUAUCACAGCGACUCAUCCUCAGAAUGUGCACAAUGCUACUGUACAAGUGGUGGAGAAAAUCCCGGAAAUACAGGGAGCAAUUCGGCUUAAAAUUCAUACAAUGACAGAAGGCGGAGCCAAGUUGUCCGUAGCAUAUACAGUCUAUAGUUGAAAACAAGUUUUAACAAAACAGUUAUAUUGUGUGCACAAGAUAACAACUUGUUUGUACAAGACAACUUAUUUAAUUAAUGUGCAAGUAAGUGUAAAGUAAGUGUAAAACAAAAAAAAAAAAAAACACAUCAGCGAUGAUCUUAUGAAUAAUGAUAAAUCCAUUAUCGGCACAAGUGAGUAACUUAUAGGCACAAAAACAGAAUGAAAGUUAUUUUUUAGGACUUAAGGGGUUCCAUACUUUCCUUAAACCUGAGUGUUUUUUUUUCUCCAAAUUAAGCUAAAAUUGGUUUCUUUAUUUACUUCUCUGUCCAUCAUCACUUAUAUUUAUUUUAAGCUUGUAAUCUCUUUCAACUUUUGAUUACUGUUGCAGCGUCUUGCAUCCUUUGCCUCACUCACCUUCUUGCUCACAUGUUCAUAACUCACAGUCACCUUUUCUCUCUAACUCCUCAUGACUGUUGUGAGAAUCUUAGAGGUCUUGAUGUGUCUCUUGUUUCCCCUCGCGUCCUCUAAUCCUGUUCUUCUCUGACUGUCUUCUUCUCUCCUCUAAUUCAGGGCAGAGUUGUUGAGUGAAACUAGUUUCCCUGACUGAUCAGCCCCCGCCUUUUUAUCGAGGACUGUCCGACUGUCCAACCACUGUCUUCCCUUUUUCCCCCUGUUACUUUCUAGACCCUAAAUUUGGACCUCUUGCAGUAGAAUAUUCUCAUUUUCUCCUCACUAUGGCUGCACCUUAUCAGUAUAACAGGGAACCAAGAUGCCCUAUCUUGACCCCUUUCUUUCCCUACCUUCUGAGCCUUUUCUGUAAAUAUGGACUCUUUAAGGAUAUGUGAUCUGACCUUCUUUUUAAGAAAUGAGAUGGCCUUCUCCUUUUCAGCCUGUCAACCAUGUGCUACACCACCCACAACCCCCUUCUAUCCCACUAUUGACCCAAUAGUUAACAAUGUGUUGAAACCCUAGGCGGUUUUAUUGCUCUGAUUUAUGAGUUCACUGAUAUCCUAUGACCUCUGGGUUUUGCUUUCCUUUCUUUUUGUUUUUGUAAAUGUCUCUUUUGGGUUUAUUUUGUUUGCUGUGACUGUACUUUGACUGAAAUAUGUCUUUUUUUCCCUUUUGAAUUGCAGAGCAAAUGUUAAAAGUACCCCACCAGAGAAAAGGGAGCAGUACUUGUAGUUUGGGAGAGUCUUCUGGCCUUACCAUGGUUUAGAUUCUGACAACAGGCAAAAAAAAAAAAAAAAACCUCUCUCUGAGGAAUUCAAAACAGACAAACAGACACGAUUAAGAAGUUUAAAGUGAUCAAAAGCAACUUUACAGCAUAAAUUCGAUGAUUUUGAGAUGUAACAUUUCUUUUAGAAGAUUUUAAGACCUUUUAUUCGAGUGGAUUGACACAGAUCAUAUCCUUGUCUUGUCUGUUUUGUUGACUUUGGGAGAGACAUUCAUUCAGGGUAUGUUUUCUAUAACAUUGUUAAAAUGCCCAGGUGUAUAUACCACCUUUUUUUUUUUUACUACAUAUAUAAUGUUUUACUACAGUGCCUUAUAACACAUGUUUGUGCACAUGUUUGUUUUUGAUUUCAUAGUCUCCCAUCCCGUCUGAGGGAUGUGUGUGUCCAUAGUUCCUCUGCCUUUUUUCUAUUGUUGGAAUUCUGAAACUGAAUGUGAAGCUACUCUACAGUACCACUUAUAAAAACAACAAACACAUACAAACACAUGAUAGAUCUUCAGCAUGGUGCCUUAGACCACUGUAUGUAAGCCGCUGUGUGCCUGCUUCCAUGUAGCCUGGAUUGAGGAUAUACCUGAUGGAUUUGUUUUGUUUUGUUAAUGCAGAUAUGAUUUUGUGUGAAUGACAGAGUCGUCGUCUUAUUGACUCGAAGGAUGUACUGUACUGUGUGCUGUCUCCUGUACUAAGGAACACCAGUUUGCUGAGUGUUCAAAAGCCCUUCUGAUGCCUGCAUUUAUUUACCAUGCCAGUCCUUUCUCUAAUAUUUACCUCCUUGAUGUUGUGUAUCAUCUCAUUUACAGUAUACCCCUGUCUGUUUCUUUUAGAAUAAAGUAAACAGAGACAUAAAUUCGG